AUGCGUUGGCUUCGUAUAAAUAUCGCCUCGAUUACGCCGUCACAACGCACAGGCAGGAUGGAGUCGGACGGGGAGGUCGAUGGUCGCGUCUCGACGCCCCAGCGCAGCUCGGGCGUGCCGCAGACGGCCGGGGACGACGGCGCGGCGGUCACGCCAAGCUUUGCCAUGAUGUUUUCCAUCUACGACACUGGGCGCGGCUCCAUCGCGACCGAGCACUUGAGCGCUCUCUUUCAAAAGAUGGGGUACACGGUGGCCCGCGACCAGCUCGAGAAAUUUCUCGACGAACUCGACCCCGACGCCACAGGCGACAUCUCGAAAGUCACGUUCCUCAAGUGGUUUGAAAAGUGGGGCGAUGCGCUGGACGACCCCGAAGAAGUUGCGGCCCAUGUUGCUGACAACACGUCUCCAUUUCGCGACAAUGACGGGAAUGACGAGUGCAGCACGUUCAUGGCGGACGCUACGUCCAUCCAAAGCGCCAUGCUCGAGGCAAAGAUGCAGCGAAAACGGGCCGAAGAGGACGUCCAGCUGCUGGCGAACCGUCUUGCGCAUCUCCGGACGGAAGAGAAGAAAGCGCAGAAAAAGAUCGACGAAGCAAACAAGCGCGCCGAGGACAUUGAAGCUAUCAAGAGACGAAAUGCCGAACACCAGCGCCUCAAGCGCGAACAUCUCGAGCGCACGACCGCCAGUGUUCGCCACACCCUCGUGACGAAUUCGAAAGCCAGCAUCGAGUCGUGUAAGAAGAAGGAGCAGGCAAUCACAGCUAUGGUCAAGCAGCGUGCCAAAGUCGUGCAGGACACCAAGCUCGACGCCAAGAUCCUUGCCGAAGAAAAGGCACGGCAACUUGAGAUCGAGCGAAAACGCCUUGCACUCAAGACGCAGGCGAUCAAAGAGAAGGAAAAGGAAGCAGCUCGAGUACGGGAAGAAGCGCGAAAGCGGCGGGAGAAGGCACUGGAGAAAGCGGCGCGGACAAAGGUAGCAGACGAGUACAAGAAGAAGAGUGUCGCGGAAAAGAUGCUGCGGGACAUGGAAGCAGAGGAAGCGCGUCUCAUUGAGAAACUUCGUAACACGCAGGAACACCAGCGCCAAGCAUACAUGCAUCUCGAGAGCGCGAUUCAAAUGCAAGUCGCAGACGACUGA